AUGGAUUCAUCACUUCGACAGCGUUCAGCUGCCAAUGAAGUUACUGACCACAUCCGUCAGUUCAACUCUGGCAAUUACGAAGAUGAACAUUCCAAGAGGAAAGGCAAAAUUUUUUACCAAAAUCAUGUGAAUGGACUUACUUUGAUUCCUCUGCUACUUUUGUUACAUGCCAUUUUGACAUUUUUUGUUCAUAAUAGAUUGAAUAGUUUUCCACAACCUCUGACAAUCAGGGGAUCAGAACCAUCAGACUUUGUGGAAGAAAGAGUUAGAGUUACCUUGGAUUCUCUGGUCAGUCUAGGACCCAGAGUAACUGGCAGUGAUGCCAAUAUUAAAGCAAGAGAUGUCAUUCUUGGAGUUAUUGAAGAUGUCCAGAGAAAUUCAAAUAAUGUGCAUCAAAUAUCUAUAAAUCAGCAAACAGUUGAUGGAGACUUUGCAAUAGAUUUUCUAGAAGCUGGUCAUUUUACCAGUGCCUAUAAAAAUAUCCAUAAUAUUAUGGUCAAGUUGACAGCAAAGGACAAGCCUUCUAAUCACAGUUUAUUGGUAAAUUGUCACUAUGAUUCAGUUCAUGCCAGUCCAGGAGCAAGUGAUGAUGCUGUUAGUUGUUGUGUCAUGUUAGAAUUACUUCGUUCCUUUUCUCAACACAAUCAGGCAUUUCGCCAUAAUGUCAUCUUUCUUUUUAAUGGAGCAGAGGAGAAUGUUCUUCAGGCUAGUCAUGGUUUUAUUACUAAACAUAAAUGGGGAAGUUCAAUUCGUGCAUUUGUUAAUUUAGAGGCUACAGGAGCUGGUGGCUGGGAGAUGGUGUUUCAGACAGGUCCCGAGAACCCUUGGUUGAUACGAAAAUACAUUGAUUCUGUAAAAUAUCCCUCAGCUAGUAUAUUUAGUCAGGAAAUAUUUCAAACUGGAAAAAUUCCUGGUGAUACAGAUUUUAGAAUAUUUCGAGACUAUGGUAACAUACCAGGUAUUGACAUUGCUCAUAUUAAAUAUGGUUACGUCUACCAUACACCCAAUGAUUUACCCAGAUAUAUACAACCAGGCUGUAUUCAGAGAGGAGGGGAGAAUUUAUAUAGUUUGAUUACAUCGUUAAUAUCUGGUGAUGAAUUAGUAGAUCCAGGACCCCAGAAACAUGGCACUGUGGUAUUCUAUGAUUUUAUUGGUUAUUUUAUGAUAUCUUAUCCAAUGAGAAUGGCUGUUAUAUUGAAUGUUGGAAUCGCAAGUCUGUUUCUGUUGGUUAUAAUCAGAAAGGUCAAGGGACAUAAUCAUAUUGGUGAAAAUGGUAUACGGUAUAUAAAAGACCUAGUAGUAUCUACAGUACUGGUGUUUUUAACCUGGGUGGUUAUAAUAGCCACUAAUAUUGGUCUGGCUAGACUAGUUACUGUAUUAGAUAAAGAUAUGUCAUGGUUUACCAAUAUUAGUAAUAUUAUAUGGUUAUAUAUUCUACCUCCUAUAGUUUCUGUGUUAUCUUUACAUUACUGCCUAAAAAACACUUUUUAUAGGACAAGUAAUGUAUGGUAUAUAGAGAGUUUGUUUCAUGAGGCCAAUAUGUUAUUAUGGUGUAUAAUUUUAUUAAUAUUAACUUAUUGUAAUAUAGCCUCAGCCAGUGUUUUACUGUUUAUAAUCGUAUUUCCAUUAUUGAUUCGAAAUCAAGUCUUUAAUUUUCAUUUUAAAGAGAAGAAUGAAUGGUAUACCCCAAUACAUAUAUCUUCUCUAUUGAUACCAACUCUUUAUAUUAUAUAUUUAUUCAAUAAUCUAAUUGGUUUAGUAAUACCCAUAAUGGGACGCAGUGGUACUGAUAUAAUUCCAGACCAAACUGUAGCAAUUCUAUUAUCUGUUCCUUUACUCCUUAUUCUAUCUUAUAAUUGUGGUGUAGUAUAUGUUUGUUCUAAUAUAGGAAAAUGUAUAAUAUUAUUAUCAGUUAUCUCAUUAACUGGAAUAGCAGCUUUUGUUUUUACCUCCCAUGGAUUCCCAUUCUCAUCGAAUGUAGAAGAUGGAUCGAUGCAGAGAGCUUACUUUACUCAUUAUGACAGAAUUGAUCAUAAACUAAACAGUGAACCAACAUUUGAUAAUUCUUAUUUCUGGCAUGUACAGCUAGAUUAUAAAGGACCCAAAGUAUUUCAAACACCAGAAUACUCACAUAUAUUUAAAAACGCAUCAUUUGUUGAAUGUAAUGGACCGUUCUGCAGCAUGCCUUUCUUGUUACCACUAAUUAGAAAAUCUGUACAGAUGCCAGCACCUCGUUUAUUAGGUUAUAAACGGGCUGAUGUACAGUUAAUAGACAGAACAAAAUUAUCAAUGGAUACAAUUAGAUUAACAUUUCAAGUAACUGGUCCAGAUCAUAUUACCAAUUUUAUCAUGCCAAGAGAAGGUGUCAGUGUACAAAGAUGGAGUUUAGAAGAUGGAGAACCUCUACCCAUUAUUUCACUUCCUAUAUUUCAACAACCUACAUACUUCAUUUACUAUAGUUAUGAAACUAAACCAGUAGUACCUUGGCAGUUCUCUAUUAUUUUACAUGUAAGAAGAGAUGAUAAUAUACCAUUGUUAGAUUAUUCAGUUGUCGGCCAUUAUUUACAUGGCAAGCUUCAAGUCUCACCAGCAUUCUCAACAUUAUUACAACAACUGCCUCCCUGGUGUGCUAUUACACCUACUACUGCCACAGUGGAUGUUUAUGAAUUUUAA